UUACGAUCAUAAAUAAUCAAUCUCUCUCUUUCUUUAUCAAUAGCCAGUAACCACAUCCCAUCAACCAUUUUCUCGAUCCACACUCUCUUCCCAAUUCUUCAUUAAAGUCUUCCUUUCCGUCUCCUUUAUCUAAUUCACCUUUCACCCUUUCAUACUUCACUUCUUCACCAAAAAGAAAAAAAAAGAAAAUUACAUAUUUUGUUUUAAUUUCUUGCUGUUUGUUUCAGUGCUUGAUUCUUAGCUGAAGAGUUCUUUUUUCUGAUUUUCUGUUAUCUUCUGUAUUUAUAUAUAUAAUUUUGUUUUGUUGGGACUUUUUUAUAAUCAUUGUCAAUCAUCAAAGGAUAGUUCUUGAUUGGUUUUUUGGAUCUAAAAUCCAUUAUUUUUUGGAUGGGUUUAUUGUUGUAAAACUGUGGAAAUAAGUGAAAUCCAGAGUUUGAGCCUUUUGAGUAUUGCUUUAACGUAGGAAAAGGCAACCUUGGUAACUUUGGUUUUCAGCUAUGAAAAGUUCUGUUUUUUAAGUUUAAAAUGUGGGAUUUUGGCCCCAAAAGGGUUUCUUUUUUAUUGAUCAAUAAAUGAUAGUUCUUUAAUUAUUGUUUUAAAACAAAGGGUGGUUUCAAAAAGAUGGGAUCUGAGAAUGAGUUUUUUUCAACUGGAGAGUUCAAUUUAGAUGCUAAAUGGUUGAUUGAUCCUCAGCAGCUUUUUGUUGGUCCUAAAAUUGGUGAAGGAGCUCAUGCUAAAGUAUAUGAAGGAAAGUACAAGAAUCAAAAUGUUGCUAUUAAAGUGGUUAGAAGAGGGGACACCCCUGAAGAAAUUGCAAGGAGAGAAGGAAGGUUUGCAAGGGAAGUUGAAAUGUUAUCCAGAGUUCAACACAAAAAUCUUGUCAAGUUCAUUGGAGCUUGCCAGGAGCCCUUUAUGGUGAUUGUAACUGAGCUCCUACUAGGUGGUACACUGCGGAAAUACCUUCUGAACAUGCGACCAAAGUGCUUGGACAUGCACGUAGCGAUUGGAUUUGCGCUUGAUAUUGCCCGUGCAAUGGAAUGCAUUCAUUCACAUGGGAUCAUUCACCGGGACCUGAAACCUGAGAACCUGAUCUUGACUGAAGACCUUAAAACGGUUAAACUCGCGGAUUUUGGUUUAGCUCGGGAAGAGUCAUUAACUGAAAUGAUGACUGCUGAAACCGGGACAUAUCGUUGGAUGGCUCCAGAGCUUUAUAGCACGGUGACGUUAAGGCAGGGAGAGAAAAAACAUUACAACAAUAAGGUGGAUGCCUACAGCUUCGCUAUCGUGUUGUGGGAACUCAUACAUAACAAGUUGCCGUUUGAGGGCAUGUCGAAUUUACAAGCAGCGUAUGCAGCCGCUUUUAAGAACGUUCGGCCUAGUGCCGAGGACCUUCCGGGAGAUUUGGCUGCCAUUGUGACUUCUUGUUGGCAAGAGGAUCCGAAUGCUCGACCGAAUUUCACCAAGAUUAUACAGAUGCUAUUACACUAUCUCUCGACGAUUUCACCACCCGAGCCGUCGAUGAUGCCCCCAAAAAGAACAACUUCGGAGAAUGUUGUAUUCCCGCCGGAGUCUCCAGGAACAAGCUCGUUGAUGGCUGCUAGAGAUGAUGUGGUGGAAACCCCGAAAGCUGCGGACGAAGACAACAGGCCGGGAGGCUUCUUCUUCUGCUUUAGAAAGUGUUACUGAUCCCUUUGAAGGCACAAUUUUGAUUUUCGAAGGGCAUGAUCGCCGAAUUAAUUUUUAGGGAAAGUUCAAUAAGGUAAAUUAGUCUCAAUCUCUUAGAUAUUAGAAAUAAAACAAUCUUGGCAAAAAAAGUUAAUUAAUCAGAUUCAUUUAGUACAAAAUCUGUUAACUUUACAUUAAUGAAUAACAACUUUUGGUGGUA